AUGAUACGACAAUAAAAAAUUUAAGAGUAUUGCAAACUUUAAGCACUAAACAAUAUAAAUCACAUCAAUUUCAAUUUUUAAAUCAAGCAAUAAGAAAAUGCAUUCUAAAAAUAUUAUCAAAUAGAUAUUUUAGAAAUUGUUUACGAUCGUAGAGAAAUUUAUAGCAAUAAAAUUAGGAAGAUGUAGAGAAAUCUAAUUUUUCAAGAAAAAAGAAAUCUAUUUUAAGCAUAACAAAAAGAGAAUUAAUUAUUUUUAUAUAAAGAGGAUGAAUGUUUUAAGAUAACGAAUCAAUUUAUCGGGCUAAUGUCGCCAUUAAAUAAAUAUGAAGUAGUUUAAGGAAAUUAGGAAUCUGAUAUUUAAUUGGCGGUAGAAAUAUGUAAGUUAAAUUUAUAUGAAGGAAUUGAAUUGAAUUUCCCAAACAUUAUAAAUACUGAUUCAGUACAUUAAAUAUCAAGACUGUAACAAUAAUAUUCAUAAUUGAUAUAACUAUAUCAACAAUUUUCGAUUGAAUCUUAAUCAUUAUCAUAAUCUAUUUAAACUUCACCUUAAUAAUCAUUGCAAUCUUCUUCCUAACGCUCACAUACCUCACAUCAGAGCUCGCAAUCCUCCUCUUAAGAUUUUUAAAUUGAAAGAAUUAGAUAAUUGAUAAUUAGAGUUAUUAAUGAUUUAGAAUCAAUAACAUCCUCAUAAACAUAUGAUUUUUCAGAGUUUUCAGAAUUCUCAAUUUUUGAGGAUUAACCUGAAUAAGAUGAUGACCAACGUACUGAAACAGAUGAUUACUGA